UCUGUGUGUGUGUGUGUGUGUGUGUGUGCUUCAAUGCUGCUUUAGGCUGAUUAGUGCAGCCAGUCAUUGAGAGCCACAGAGAGACUGAACACCAUGGAGUCCUCUGGAUCCUGCUUGUGUUACCCCUGUUAUGUCUGGAGCUGAUGGUAAACAGCCGAUGAACAGUGCCUGUCGCUUUCUGCGGAACGCUACAUUAAUACAAGAUUCCCGGGGAACCCGCGCGUCGACGUUCGUUCAGGGGAGAGGUGGAGAAGAGAGUGUUUGAGCGAUGGGCAGCGCGGUGACAGCCUGGUGGGUCACGGUGGAGGUGGUCUGCAGGGUUCUGGGUGUUUCUACAGCGGCAGUGCUGUGCGCUGUGGGAGUGGAGACUUUACGACGAGCGGAGUUUCACAGUCUGGCCAUCUACUUGCUGGUUUCUGGGACAGGUAUGAUGCUGUUUGAGGUGGCCUACUUCCUCGAUACCCUCCUGCAGAUGUGUCUGCUCUGCCCCCCAGGGUGGCGUGUGUUUGUGUUGUGGGGAAAGCUGGCUCAUCUCGGAGGCUUCCAGAAGUUUCUCUACUACACCAUGAUGUCAGUGGUGUGCUUCCUUCACCCUGUGUUAGUGUGGCAUGCUGUAAUACCAGGUACCAUGCUCCUGGUAACAGCCUUCUUCAACUUCAUCCUGAGCAAAAAUACCCAAACAGUGUCGCCUAAAGACCUGGACCACAACGUGGGAACAACGUCUGUGUGCGUGUCUGAGGGAGGAGGAACAAAACACACCUUCUCCUUCCUCCACAUGGCCAUGGGCCGAGGAGGGCCAGGACUGGCUCAUGUACCCAGGGAGAGUGGCCUGGGAGUCGGGGAGAGAGGAGAGUGCAGCCGGGCUAUGCUGGAGGUAGAGCUGCCAGGGUCAGGGCUGAAGCGGGUGAUGAAUGGAGGAGAAAGGAUGAAAAAGAAAACACAUGUGAAUUUACAGAAUGGUGCUACAGAGGAAACCGAAAUGGAGGAGUACCAUGACGAACCAGAGAUCACCUCGGACACCGCUCCAAUGAUCACCAACUGACCAUGUAACUGCUGGUAUUCAUUGUUCGCCGAGGACAAAAUGGUGGUUGGUGGGAGUGAUUUAGAGGUGGGGGGACGAUGCAGAUGAGGGUUGAAAUUGAGUCGUGCUUGAACCAAGGACUUCCUCACACAUGAUCACAGAUUAUAUCCCUACAGAAGGAAUGUAGGGGGACAACCUAAACCAGGGACCACCACAACUAUCAAUGAGCACCAGGUACUGUGGAACUGGAGAAUGAUGGUUGGAGAAAAGUUUGAACUAGGAACCUUGCAGUUGAUGGCAAAGUGUAGAGGUGGUGACUACAGACAGUCAUCAGUCACUUACUCAGUACUAUCAGUUUUCUAUAUACUGUGUAAUAGCCCAUUAAGAAUAGAAUAACGUGCUUAGCCACUUCUAUGUUUGAACACGUUAAUUGCAGGAACCAACAUGUAUGUACUGUAGUUGAAAAUGUUUAACUAGCAAUUUCUGGUUUUUGCCGGACCGUGUAAGCG